AUGGCUCAAGGUGCUCAAACUCGUCAACGUGGUCGCUAUUGGCUAUUGACAAGUCCUCGUACUGCCUCCAACCUUCUGGUUAAAAUGCUCAACCUUGACGAGCAAGGCGUUCGCCCUUCUCACAAUGGAGGAUAUUUCUAUCUGCCCACAGUUGAAAAGCAUUUUCUUCUUGAGCGAAAACCUAUGGACACCUGGACGGAGGAAGAGAAGGCCUCUGUGGAUGGCAUUAUCCAACAGUCAUCGCAGAGGUUUCUGGAGUAUAUUGCUGCUGCUGAGCAAGAAGGCCAGAAGAUCUUCGUCAAAGAACACUCGAUCAUGCUGAACCAUCCACGUGUCGAAAACCACUACCUCCAUGGUUCCAAAGAGGAUUGUGAUAUCACCGGAGCAACUCCCAUAUCUAUCAAGGGAAUUCCAGAGCCGACCCGAUCGCGGCUCAACCUCACCCUAUUCCCGGAUGAGUUUCUUAAGACUUGGAAGCCAACAUUUCUUAUUCGCCAUCCCGCCCUUAUGAUAUCCUCUUUGUAUCGCACAUGCCAAGGUCCGAUGGAUUUCAACGGUAUUCAUCGCCCCAAGCAAGAGCCGUGUACCGCGGAGCUAAGCAUGCGAUGGCAUCGAACUUUAUACCAGUUCUUCGCUGAGCACUUUGCCAACGAAAGCGUCUGGCCAAUCGUUCUCGAUGCCGAUGAUAUAAUGACGAGCCCUCAGCUGGUGUCAAAGUACGCGAAACUGGCAGGCCUUGAUGAUAGCAAGGUCAUCCGAUCCUGGGACAAGGCCGGAGAUCAAGAGGUGAAUAAAAUGAGCACAGUUGAGCAGAGGAUGCUCAGCUCCAUCAACGCCAGCACCACGAUCGACAACAGCAAAAUUGCGGGAAAUGUCGAUAUCGAUAAGGAGGUUGCCAAGUGGACAAAGGAGUUUGGAGAGGGAGAGGCGAAAAAGCUUGAGAAAUGGGUACGAGAUGUUAUGCCAGAUUACGAAUUCAUGCACUCCAAGAGAAUGCGACCAGGUCAGGAAUGA